AUGGCGAAUCUGUAUGUGAAAGCGGCACCACCGCCGGACAUGAACAGGAACACGGAGUGGUUCAUGUAUCCAGGGGUGUGGACGACUUAUAUACUAAUCCUCUUCUUCGGGUGGCUCGUUGUUCUCUCCCUCUCUGGCUGUUCCCCUGGAAUGGCUUGGACUGUUGUUAAUCUCGCUCACUUCGUUGUAACGUAUCACUCCUUUCACUGGAUGAAAGGAACUCCUUUUGCAGACGACCAAGGUGUCUACAAUGCUCUCACCUGGUGGGAACAGAUGGACAAUGGUCAGCAACUUACCCGCAACCGCAAGUUCCUUACCGUUGUUCCUGUCGUCCUGUACUUGAUAGCAUCACAUACAACAGAUUACAGACAUCCAUGGCUAUUCCUCAACACACUCGCUGUGAUGGUUCUAGUUGUGGCCAAGUUCCCUAACAUGCACAAGGUACGCAUCUUCGGGAUCAACGGUGAUAAGUAAGGCUUCUUUACCAAACCUCAGAUCCAUUUCUUUUAUGGCAACAGAAAAAGUGGAUAUGAAGCAAAACAUAUUUGUAUAAAAUGUUGAUAUGAGUUGGUUUUGAGUUGUCGGAUAUUUUGUAAGUAACUUUGAAGCUUUGAAUUUCUUCUCUCUUUUUUAAAAAAACAUAGACACGAAAUUGAUAAUUUCUAGUAAAAUUAAUUUGCGCA